AUGGUCGACCCACCGAAGCGGCGCCGCUCUCCGUCGCGUUCACGAUCCACGAGCAAGCGGCCAGCGGUCGACCUCAACGAGCAAGAGCGUCGAGAAGCAGAGCGUAUUUCUGUCAUUGCCAAACGAGCCGAAGAGCGCGCGUCGAAGCGCCAAGCGCCUGCCACGUCAUCGAAUCCAGGGCCUCAAGAUGAAGACGCGCGUGUUGCUGCGGCUGCUACGAGCGGUCGGAAGCUGCCGAUGAAGAUCGGAGGAGCUGUACGUGCUGGAAACGAGUCUCUGGAGGACAAGCCCACGUUUCUAUCGAAGGCGCAGCGACAGAAGUUGGCGCUGGAGCAGCUCGAGAUGAAGCGACAGGAAGUAAAUCGACAGCGGAAGGCGGCAGAAGAAGCUCGACGUCAGUUUCUCCAGCGUCAACGGAGUGAACGAGAGCAGGAGCGGGCUCGAGCAGUGAGGUCUCGAGGCGACUCGAGUCGAGAGGAUCGGACAAGGACUGGCUCGAGAAGUGCGCGGCAUGGAGCGACGUUGACGGAGGGUGCGUCGUCUAGUAAAGACGAGACCAAGUCGACCUUAUUGGAUCCGAGCGAAGCAAAAGCACUGCAAGCGCUGAAAGAUCAGUACUUGGGUAAGACUGUGAAGAAGAAGAAAGUGGUCAAGGCGAGCGAGAAGUUUUCCAAGAUCUUCCAGUUUGAGUGGGAGGCGUCGGAGGAUACGAGUGCUGAUUUGAAUCCGUUGUAUGCAAAGCGCAUGGACGUGAAUCUGCUUUUCGGACGAGGGUAUCGAGCUGGUGUGGACAUGCGGGAACAGCGCAAGAAAAACUCGUUUUUGGAGGAGCUCAGUCAUAAGCGGCACAAGGAACAGCAACUGGCCGACGAAACGGAUGGCAGUUUGACCAGCGAGCAGAUUGCUGCUCGAAAGCACGACCGCGAGCGUGCGCUGCGCAGUAUGCAGUCUCGUAAGCGGGACCGCAUGCAGGAGAUGGCUUCUCAGGAAGCCAAGACGAUGGGCACGCAUUGGUCUGAGAAACCGCUGCAUGAGAUGAAAGAGCGUGACUGGCGUAUUUUUCGAGAGGACUUUGAUAUUACGCUAAAAGGUGGUCGAGCUCCUCAUCCACUGCGCAAAUGGGACGAAGCUGGCGACAUACUUCCCGAUGCCGUGUUCAAAGCGAUUGACGAGAUGGGCUUCAAACGACCGUCGCCAAUUCAGAUGCAAGCUAUUCCUGUCGGUCUACAGAAGCGUGACAUCAUUGGUAUUGCUGAGACGGGUUCGGGCAAAACUGCGGCCUUUGUUAUCCCCAUUAUUGCAUACAUUUACUCGCUCCCGGCUACGAUGGUAGCGCGAACUGGCGAGCAAGGUCCGCUCGCCCUGGUCAUGGCGCCCACGCGCGAGCUGGCGUUGCAGAUUGAGCAGGAAGCCAUCAAAUUGUGCAAGUACACAAGCGUGGGGCUGCCCGAAAAGCUGAGCCUCAUAAAGACGCUAUCAGUUGUCGGUGGACAAAGCAUUGAAGAUCAGGGGUUUCGUCUCCGUGAGGGCGUGGAUAUCAUCAUCGGUACUCCUGGUCGGCUUAUGGACUGUCUGGAAAGUCACUACCUUGUAUUGAACCAGUGUAAUUACGUCGUGCUGGAUGAAGCUGAUCGCAUGAUUGACAUGGGUUUCGAGCCUCAAGUGGUAGCCGUGCUAGAAAAUAUGGGAUCUCUGCUCAAGUCUGAGAAUGAGGAGGAGAUGGAACAACAGCUUACUCUGGCGAAUGGAGCCCAGCCAGGUGGAGAGCUGCAGCACCGCCUCCGUGUUACAACAAUGUUUAGUGCUACAAUGCCUGUCGAGGUAGAGCGGCUGGCUAAGACGUUCUUGCGGCACCCUUCGAUCGUCAAAAUCGGUGACGAGGAUUCCGGCAAGAACAAGCGUAUUGACCAGCGCGUGAUGUUCAUGAACUCGGGCAAGAAGCGCUCAAAGUUGGUAGAAGUGCUACGUGACAUCCUCAGCACGCAGUCAGUACCAAUGCCGCGGUCUCGGAAGGAGAAGGUCGUGGAUGGCGCCAAGAUUAUUGUGUUCGUCAACAUCAAGAAAGAAUGUGAUUCGGUCGCGAAAUUCACUUCCAAUGAAGGCUUCCGCUGCACAAUCUUGCACGGUGGCAAGACGCAGGACCAGCGCGAGGAAAGCCUCAAGAUGUUUCGUGAAGGCUAUUGUGAUGUGCUGGUAGCGACGGACGUGGCUGGACGAGGUCUGGAUAUCCCAGACGUGACUCACGUCGUGAACUUUGAUCUGCCGUCCAAGAUCCAGAACUAUUCGCACCGUAUCGGCCGUACUGGUCGUGCCGGUAAAGAUGGUGUCGCCAUCUCCUUCCUCACAGACGACGAUGAAGAAAUCAUGUUCGAUCUCAAGCAGUAUCUCGUGUCGACGGAGAUGCCUGUGCCAAGCGAGCUCGCUAACCACCCGUCUGCCAAGGCCGCCCCUGGCGCUCGUGACGAAAAGGGCAACGUCAUUGCGCGGUCCAAACGUGACACUGUCAUUUACGCCAAGUAA